UAGUUUACUACUAACUAUAAAACAAGUACAAAAGCUUAGUACAUUACGUUAAACAAACCAGUUUAACAGAAUCCCCAAUUGCGCUCUUCGUAAAGUAAAACCAAAACCCUUCUCUCUGGCGCUCUCUCCCUCCCUCUCUCUCUCUCUUCCUCGCUUCAAGUUCAGGUAAUUAUUCCACACCAAAUGUCUAUUUCUAUUCUCAACAAGAAACACUUUUCAAUCAUUCGGUGUGAUUCUAGCUUCAUAAACCGGAGGAGGCUCUGGCGUUCAUUGAAGGUCCUGUUCGGCACUUGAUUUUUUUUACUCAAGUGUCAUUCUCAUUGCAUCACAUUGUAGGGUAGUGUUCAUUUCUUGUUCCUGUGAAAACAUUGCGUUAUUGGGGAAAGGGUUUUGGGUUUUGUUGAUUAAGAGCAGAUUACACGUUAUUAUUCUUCACUGCUUGUGAGGAAAUUGUAUACUAGAUUUUCAAAGUUAUGGAACCGAGGGAGUACGUUUUGGAUUGCUUGUCGGGGAAAAAGCCGUUUCCCAUUCCUGGGGUUGGUUUUCAUCCCACAGACGUUCAGCUUGUUGUGUACUAUCUAUUGUGGAAAGCUACCAAGAAAAAAUUCCCCAUUGAACUCAUUGCAGAGGUUGAUGUAUACAAGUUUGCUCCUUGGAAACUUGCAGAUGAGUCUAUUGUGAAAGGGGAUCUGAAAUGGUACUUCUUUUGUCCAAUUGAGAAGAAAUAUUUAAGUGGGGUUAGAAUGAAUCGUGCCACUGAUGUUGGGCACUGGAAAAUCACUGGAAAAGAUAGACAUGUUCUACACAACAAUGCAUUGGUGGGCUCAAUAAAAACUUUGAUUUUUCACAAGGGUUUUGCACCAGGGGAACGGACGGAUUGGGUUAUGCAUGAGUACAGACUUGAUGAUAACUAUGGGGCUGAGAGAGGAGUUGCUCAGAGUGAACAUGUGCUUUGUAAGAUUUUCCAAAAGGAAGGCCUAGGCCCAAGAAAUAAUGCCCAAUAUGGAGCACCAUUUAAGGAGGAUGACUGGAUUGAUGAUGAAGAAGUUAACCGUUCUGCUGGUUUUUCUAUCCCUGCCUCUGUGCUGCAUAAUAACCAUAGCAAUUCACUUGCUGCUGGCACCUCGCAAUUGAACAGCACGGCAUCUGAAUCAUGUUUGUCUGAAAUUGUGCCAUCCCAGCGUGUGGUGCUUCCAUCAGUUCAAAGCAAUAAUGUUGAUUCAGAGGAGUUGCCUCAGGUUCUGGGUGAUGAUUUUUUGUUUUCAACAUCAUUGGUUUCAAAUGAAGAUAAGAAAAAUAAGAAGCCCAUUCAUGAUAGAACUGCUGAAGUUGCACUCCCUGUUGAUCCUAAUUACAAAGACUUGGGAUAUCUGGCUGGACCAAGUGAGGAUGUACACACUGGUUCUCGGUACAAUGGUCUUAAUAUAAGGGAUCUCGAUAAGCCACUGAAUAUCCCUCCUGAAGCAGGUGAACCCCAGCAUGUUCCAUUCAAUGGCCUCAAUGCUGGACACAAUGAUUAUAUUGAUUCAGAGCAGUUUCCAACAUUAAAAAAUACCAUUCAAGAUGGAACUGUUGAUGCCGAACUUCCUGUUGAUCCUAAUUUCAAACGCUUGCAAGAUCUGGGCUACAAAGCUGGACCAAGUGAGGUUGGAAAUGCUUUCCACUCUGGUUCUCAGUACAAUGGUCUUAACAUGAGGGAUCUUGAUAAGCCACUGAAUCCAGAAGCAGGUGAAUCUCAGCACUUUCUGGGCAAUUCUUUUGGUGCUCCUGAGGUCUUAUAUGUGCCACACCAGUCUGAUCCGGGGCCAGAUUUACCUUGUAAAAUUGAGAAUGCCAGUCACAAUGGAACUACUGAAUCAUCAUUUCCUUCAGAUGACCUUGAUCUUUUUGAAGACUUGAAAAAUCUGGGCAUUUUUGACAUGGAUGAUCUCUUGAAGCGAUUGUGCUGCCCCCCUGAAACUGGUGAGUCUCAACACAUUGAAACCAAUGACUCAGAGCAAUUUCCAGUCAAUUCCUGUCAUGCUGCUCAGCAGUUACCUGUGUCAGAUCUCUCUCAAAAGGACUCUUCAAACAAAAAAGAGAGAAAAAGAAAAAGGAAAAGGAAAGAAAAUAAUGAUGAAAGAUAAUGAAAAACUUUUCUUCUUUCCCAUUGUUUAUAUGUAAUAAAUUGAUGACCUACUUUCAUCGUGUUUGAGUUUGUGAUUGAAAUAACCUGAAGUGUUCUGUUUCUAAUAAUUUCCAGUUUACACAGCUAAGCUCCUAUUGCAUUAGCAUGUGAAUGAUUUUACUUUUA